AUGCCACGUUCUGUUGAUGCCAUGUUUAAGUACAUACGGAAGUCGAAUUCUCUCUCCGUUUCUUUUUUCUUCUUUCUCAACUCUCUACCUCCUCUCUCUACACAUCAUCAUUUUUUCCUCUUUUCCUCAUCCCCCUCCUCUUCUCUAUCUCGCUCUCUCUAUAUACAUAAAUUGAAAAGUCGAAUUCUCUCUCCGUUUCUUUUUUCUUCUUUCUCAACUCUCUACCUCCCUCUCUCUACACAUCAUCAUUUUUCUCUCUAUUCCUCAUCCCCUACUCCUCUCCUCUAUCUCGCUACUCUCUAUAUACAUAAAUUGAAAAGUCGAAUUCUCUCUCCGUUUCUUUUUUUUCUUCUUUCUCAACUCUCUACCUCCUCUCUCUACACACAUCAUCAUUUUCUCUCUAUUCCUCAUCCCACUACUCCUCUUCUCUAUCUCUCUAUCUCUCUAUAUACAUAA